CAUCGUUCACUGUUCUAGUCUUGAAGAGAAGAGAUGGACGGAUCCACCGUCAACCGACUCGUCAUCCUGUUCCUCCUCGUACUUGUCCUCGCCACCAGCAACAGCGAGCAUGGACACGCAGGAGCCGUUGAUGCGGGCAACGUCGUCGUCGUCCGGAUUCGGCUAAUCGGCCGCGGCCCGGAUGACAAGACCACCAUCGCCGUGCAGAGACACGACCUCUCCUUCGCCGGCUUCACCGAUGGCAGCGGCCAUUGGCACGCCUUUCCUGGCCUUGAGCAUCUCUUCCCCACGUCCACGACGCUCCCAUUCGGCAGCAGCUACAGCGACCUCAUCGGCGGCCUUGCGAACCUGCCGGGCGUGCCGCUGGGGCGGGAGGCCAUGCUGGAGGCCAUCCGCGUGCUCGCCGCCUACCGCCCCGGGGCCGACGUGCAGCCGGUCAAGCGGGCGCUGGCGGCGAUGAAGGUUGUGAUGUGCGAGGCCCAGCGGGUGAGGCCCAUCAAAGAGACCCUCAACGACGGAUGGGACACCGGUGCCCGCGUCGCCCCCGAGCACCUGCCCUACAUCGAGCACUGGGACACCAUGUCCUAUGAGAUCCUCCGCUCCAACCUUACGGGCAAGUGGGACGGGCCCUUCACCAAGAUACUGGAGACGGAAGCCAACAUCCGCAGCAAGGAGGAGGCGCUCGCCGUCGUCGGGGUGCUCCGGAGCGUCGACUUCGAGCAAGUGAUUGAGGCUCACGCUUCGCCGAUCUAACCUAGAGUGAACCUUCGUGCUCAUAUGCAUGCAACUCGUCUAUCGCAGCUUCUGGAGUCGAUGUUUGCUUCACGUUCGUCUUAAUUAGCUGGUGGGAUAAUAUGCAUGGUUUCAGCUUGCUUACACAAGUAUGUUGUUUGAGGCUUUCAGCCCAAUGUCUCAAGUAAUUUAUAUUUUCAAAUCUAUUCAGAAAUGCUAAA